CCACCUCCCCAUAGGUCGAAGCGGGCGGAGGGGGAAGGGGGCUCGUCUUUCCCGGCGUCCCUUUUCUCCUGUCAACCGGGAGGAAGCUAAGAUGGCGGCCUUGGCGACGGGCGGGGGGAUGUCGAGUGACGGGGCCACCAGUUUCCAGCGGAAAGUUCCUGCUAGUAGCCGCCUGGCCGCUAUUGCGGGCACCCGGCCCUCGGUGCGCCACGGGCAGCUGCUGCUCUCCAGUGGGCUCCCCUCCCUGGACUGUGUGCUAGGUGGAGGUUUAGCUGUUGGAACCCUUCUUCUUAUUGAGGAAGAUAAAUACAGUAUUUACUCCAACUUGUUGUUCAAGUAUUUCCUCGCAGAGGGAAUAGUCUGUGGACAUAAUUUGUUUGUUGCUUCUGCUAAAGAGGAUCCUGCUGACAUUUUAAAGGAGCUUCCAGCACCUUUGUUUGAUGAUGCCCAUAAAAACCAAGUGCAUGAGAAAGAAACCGCUAUUAAGUCUAAACAGGAAUCUCAGGAAUCCAUGAAAAUAGCCUGGCGUUACCAGAAUUUACCAAGAAUUGAGGUCAGUCCAGCAGCUUCUGCACGAAUUGGUCACUAUUACGAUGUAUCUAAAAUGGUGUCUCCAGAACUACUUCAAUCUACAAAGUGGCACCGUUUUUUCCUUCCUGAAGAAAUGUCUUUGCACCCUGAAAUAAAAACUUGUAAUAUGACCUGUGGUUACACCAGGCUGCUUCAGUCUAUCCAGAGGAUCAUAUACCAGGAAGGAUUUGAUGGAUCCUAUCCCCAGAAAAAACAAAAAAAUAUUCUGCGGAUAGGAAUUCAGAGCCUUGGUUCAGUGUUGUGGGGAGAUGACAUUUGUUGCACUGAUAAUCCAGAAGAUAUUUAUAGCCUCACAAAGUUUCUGUAUGUUCUCCGUGGUCUCCUCAGAAUGUCUUUGUCAGCCUGCAUAAUCACAGUGCCAGCCCAUCUUAUCCAGAAUAAAGCAAUUAUGGAACGUGUAACAAACUUGUCAGAUACGGUAGUUGGUCUUGAAUCAUUUAUCGGCUCUGAGAGAGAAACCAAUCCAUUAUACAAGGAUUACCAGGGUUUGAUUCAUGUGCACAAGAUUCCUCGACUUAAUAGCUUGAUCUGUGAUGUGUCAGGCACGAAGGACCUUGCUUUUAGAUUAAAAAGGAAGCUGUUCACCAUUGAGCGACUGCAUUUGCCUCCAGACUUGUCAGACACAGUGAGCCGCUCAAGCAAACAGGAUCUGGCAGAAUCCACCAAACUGCUGCGCUCAGGAUGUGGUGCUAUGGCCAUAGGCAAGAAGCACCUGGACGUCUAGUGAUUUCUACUUAGCAGUUCACUCAGAUUUAUAUGACACUCUAAUUAUGACUGUUAAUGACUUAUGAAAAUAUUUUUCUUAAUGAUUUGACCCAGCAGUCCUUAAAAAUAUACAUUGUAAAAUGGUGCCUCGUUUUCUCAUCCUGAUUUCUUUGAAGACAUUUGUUGUUUGUUUGCUUUUUUACAGAACAUCUGCAACAUGGGUUUUGUUACAUUAAAAAAAAACGCUGCAUUGCACUGCUAUUCUGGAAAUGUACAGUAUUUUGUUCUUAUAAAAAAAAUCAAAAUUAUUUUUAUUUUUAAAGUUCAAGAUGCUUUACAAAACAAUGCCAAAUGUGUUGUUUUUCACACGCUAAAUGUGUCUGUUUAACAUGAUUGUAUUAAACAUUGAUUAUAAAUGUAAAAUAUAAAUUAGUACUGUGAACAUUAGUAAAUGAGAUUAAGGAAUUCAUUAUCACAUUUUAUUUUAAAGCUAAAUUUAACAAUUAUUAUUGUUUGAAAAAAUAAUUUUGUACAUCUGAAAAUAUUAUUGUCAAAAUCAAAAGUAGAUAUGACAUUAUUUUACAGAGUACAUAAACAAUGCAUUUAAAAAUGUAUUGCAUUAUUUCAUGUGUGUUCUACUGUGUCAAUAAUUAAAUUGAUAAAGAAAGAAUUUUUCCAUAAUAAGAAUAUCUUAUAGAUAAUUAGUUUGCCUUAUGGGUUAAUAAAUGUAUUAAAAUGCACUUGAGUGGAAUUUACUAAACAUUGAAAAAAGAAUUGAUUUCCUUGUGUAGUUCAAAACAGUAAUCCUAAACAAUUGAAGUCAGCACUAUGAAAUUAUGUCAACAGACAUAAUUCAAGAUUGAAAUUCAAACUGACAGCUACAUUAAUGCUAGAAAACCAGAAGAGUGCACUGGAGCUUGGGGAAGAGUAUCACAGAAUGAUGGUCUAAAACAGAACAGAAAAUAAAACUAAUUCAGGUUUCCAUACCAUCAUGUACACUAUUUGUGAACUUAUUAAUAUUUUGUGUGCAUGUGUGUACAUAUAUCCAAAUGGAAAACUAUUAAAUAUAUUUUUAAACAUCUCCUAUGUAUUACGUUGUAUCUGGUAUACUAGGCAGUGCUGAUCUGUAAAUUAAAUUGAAUUUUGAAAACAUAAGGUAAUCUAAAAUAUGGUUUGAAAGUUCCAUGGAGGCCAAUAUACCCCUUUUCAAAAUGGAAGUCUGCUUCAUAAGAAAUAAUACAAAACAAUCUCUAUAAUUGGAUAUAAUAUGGCUAGAGUGAAAUUGACUUUCCAAAUAAAAUUUUAAUACAUAUAAUAAUGUUAAUAUAUUUUGAGGAAGUUCCAACUGAAAAGUUGAUUAAAUGGUUUGCUUGUCUUAUACAAUCCAGGUUUUUACUUUAUUUGUUCUUGACAACACUGUGUGUAAAACAAAGGCAAAGCUUUUAAAACUGUCUAACUAAUAUGAUGAAUGUCAAUCACUUAAAAAACUCCACUGUAGCAUAAACACAUACUGUAUACAGCUUUUAUUCUGAAUUAGAAUAAUUGAAUCAAUGACAGUGAUUUGCCAGGAUGUCAAAUCUAUCCAUCAUAUCCUGUCACUACCAGUUUAUUUUUUGUGAUCAAAAUCAAAAAGACUACUAUUUUGUCAUCAGCUAUUUCAUUUGUGGUAGCAAUCAGGAUUUCUUUUCUCUUGCCUUUUUUUUUUUUUUAAGAUAGGCCCAUUUUAUUUUUUUAUUUCUAAAAACACAAAUCCUUUUAAAUCAAAGUUUCAGAAUGGAUCUGUCACUUUCGUAAAGCUAAAAGACACCUACAUUUUUAUACCAAUAUACUUAAAUCACCAUUGAUUUCAAUAACAUCAUUUGUCCUCUUGCAUUAUAUGUAACAUUAAGCAGAAAUUCUCAUCAAAUGCUUAGUUGUACCUUUAGAAAGUAUUAAUUAGUUUAAAUAUUUGAAUUCAAAUAAUUUAAACAAAAUUAACACUACAUAUUUGGUUAUGAAUUUUUACAUAAAUAAGUAUUGUAACAGAAAACAUAUGAUAUAGGCAUCUGAAAUGUGAAGUCAUCGGGUAUAUAAAUGGCUUGUGAAUAUACUUAAUAGGUCAUUGACUUAAGACACAGGCAGAAAAUGUCAUUAAAAUUCACAGCCAAUUUCUAGUUAACAUAUGACUUGAAAAUAGAUUAUAAAUACCGUAUGUAUAUAUAAAUGUAAUAUUUAUGACAUCAAUUUUGAGUUCUAAAAUAGGUUGGAUAGAAACUAAAAAAGUAUUUGGAAUAAUAAGAGUAAAAGGGAAAUUCGCCUGCAAAUCUAGAUUAAAAUGGUUUUUCGUUUGUUUUUCUGAUUCACUGAACAUGCUGUGUGAAAUAAGUUUUACAUUAUACAUAUGUAUAGUGUUCACCUAAGGCAAAAGCAUGUAGCAAAAUUUCUCCUCCCUUUUCUUCCAAAAUAUUGUAUUGGUUACAGUAAUACAUGUCAGUGACUUGGCUUACCCAGUAAAACAAUGUUACUAUUUGAUAGUGUGUAUGAUGUAGCAUUCCAUUGGAUCCACAAAUAGACUUCUUAUCUCUCAUUUUUGGUUUGCAGUAAUAGAUAAAAAUAUUUAGCCAUAACAUUAAACUCUCCAUGAAAUUUCUCCAUACACACUUUUAUAUGUCUAGUAUAUGACCCACUAAACCUUGUAUACAAACAUUCCACUAGAUUGUGCUUCUCUUUAUUUGCCGAUAAAUAUUUUUACUACAGGAGGCAUAUCAGGUUCUUGACCUGAAGGACUCUGUUUCUUCACAGACUGCCAUAAUUCAGUGCUGACUCCACUGUGCACACCUCCUCUAGAUCCUUAGCAUUGAUUUGGCUGGGACGUCUUUAUGAGAAUGAAAGUGAUUCACACUUUGGUUUAGAUAGGUAUUUUCCUUUCCUGAACAGCUGUUAUGGACUGUGGAGUUUAGUGUUUUGGUUUUCAGGUUAUUUUUAAGAAAAAUAAAAAGUUGAGCCACUUACUUCUCAGUGGGCUCCAAGCUGAAGACACCGUACUUCUUGCAUUGAGGCUGAUAUUAGGUAUAGACAAUAGAGACAAUAGAGUCUCUCUGCUGAAUGCAUUCCCAAUUCAAACUUACCACCAGAUCUUUACACAAUUAUGACAAACAGUGAAGAAAGCAGUGAUGAAAUGUAAAGUGUUGACUCUUUAAUAUGUCAAAUAAGGAUUCUUUAUAUCAUUUAUGUUGUGUUGAAGCUAUCAAAAUAUACGUAUUUGGAAUGUGAGGAGAAUAUGAUGAUUAAACUAUAGCUUUUUUUAAA